GCGCUCGGGCGCCGGCGGCCCCCGCCUCAGUCCUCAGCCGGCCUCGGCGCGGCUCGCAGCCCCUCAGCCCGCGCCCGACGAUGUGCCCCGCCGGCCGGGCGUAGCGCGGCGCGAGCUCGCACCCGCGGGAUGAGCGCGGCCGGCGGCCGGGGCGGCGGGUGUCCGCGCCUGCGGCCGGCGCCCGGCAGCCUGGCGGCGGCCGCGGCGGCGCUCUGCCUGGUGGCGGCCGCGUCGGUGUGCACGGCGGGCGCCGCGCCCAUGAGCCGGGAGGAGAAGCAGAGGCUCGGGAAUCAAGUGCUGGAAAUGUUUGAUCAUGCCUAUGGUAACUACAUGGAACACGCUUACCCAGCGGAUGAACUCAUGCCUUUGACCUGCAGAGGUCGGGUGAGAGGCCAGGAGCCCAGUCGAGGGGACGUUGAUGACGCCUUGGGAAAGUUUUCUCUGACACUGAUUGAUUCUUUGGACACUCUCGUGGUAUUAAAUAAAACAAAAGAAUUUGAAGAUGCAGUGAGAAAAGUUUUAAGAGAUGUUAAUUUAGAUAAUGACGUAGUUGUAUCCGUCUUCGAAACGAACAUCAGAGUUCUUGGGGGCCUGCUCGGGGGCCACUCGCUGGCCAUCAUGCUGAGAGAGAAGGGCGAGCACAUGCAGUGGUACAGUGACGAGCUCCUGCAGAUGGCAAAGCAGCUGGGCUACAAGCUUCUGCCGGCCUUCAAUACCACCAGCGGCCUCCCUUACCCCAGGAUCAAUUUGAAGUUCGGCAUCAGGAAGCCAGAAGCUCGGACGGGAACUGAGACAGACACCUGUACGGCCUGUGCAGGUACCUUGAUCCUCGAGUUUGCCGCGCUCAGUCGGUUCACAGGAGCAACGAUAUUUGAGGAAUAUGCAAGAAAAGCUCUCGAUUUUCUCUGGGAAAAAAGACAACGAAGUAGCAAUUUAGUGGGAGUGACUAUCAAUAUUCAUACAGGAGACUGGGUUCGAAAAGACAGCGGCGUGGGAGCAGGGAUCGAUUCGUAUUACGAGUACUUGCUGAAAGCCUAUGUCUUGCUGGGAGAUGACAGCUUUCUGGAAAGAUUUAACACGCACUACGACGCCAUCAUGAGGUACAUCAGUCAGCCGCCGCUCCUCCUGGACGUGCACAUCCACAAGCCCAUGCUGAACGCGCGCACCUGGAUGGACGCCCUGCUGGCCUUCUUCCCGGGUUUGCAGGUUCUAAAGGGGGACAUCAGACCUGCCAUCGAGACGCAUGAGAUGCUGUACCAGGUGAUUAAGAAGCACAACUUCCUGCCGGAGGCGUUCACGACAGAUUUCCGGGUGCACUGGGCUCAGCAUCCUCUGCGGCCAGAAUUCGCAGAGAGCACCUACUUCUUAUACAAAGCUACGGGAGACCCUUACUACCUGGAAGUAGGGAAGACACUUAUUGAAAAUUUAAACAAGUACGCUAGAGUGCCUUGCGGAUUCGCGGCCAUGAAGGACGUGCGCACUGGAAGUCACGAGGACAGAAUGGACUCUUUCUUCUUGGCUGAAAUGUUUAAGUAUCUUUACCUGCUGUUUGCUGAGAAGGAGGACAUCAUCUUUGACAUAGAGGACUACAUCUUCACCACAGAGGCCCAUCUGCUGCCCCUCUGGCUCUCGACGACGAACCGGAGCGCCUCCAGGAAGAACGGGACCUCGGAGUACACCGAGCUGGACGACAGUAACUUCGACUGGACUUGUCCCAAUGCUCAGCUUCUCUUUCCUAAUGACCCGCUGUAUGCUCAGAGCAUUCGUGAGCCCUUGAAAAACGUGGUGGACAAGAGCUGCCCCAGAGGCAUCAUCAGAGUAGAGGAGAGCUUCAGGAGUGGAGCUAAGCCCCCUCUGCGAGCCAGGGAUUUCAUGGCCACUAACCCUGAGCACUUAGAGAUCCUGAAGAAGAUGGGGGUGAGUUUGAUUCACCUCAAAGACGGGCGAGUCCAGUUGGUCCAGCAUGCGAUCCAACAGGUGCCGACGGGGGGAGAAGGUGAAGUGUGUGCGCUUGUUCUGCAGGCCGCCAGCUCUGUGGACGCCGAGGACGGGCUGAGGUUCAUGCAGGAGAUGAUCGAGCUGUCCAGCCAGCAGCAGAAGGAGCAGCAGCUGCCGCCGCGGGCGGUGCAGAUCGUGUCCCACCCGUUUUUUGGCAGGGUGGUGUUGACUGCGGGCCCCGCUCAGUUUGGGCUGGAUCUGUCUAAACAUAAAGAGACGAGAGGGUUUGUUGCAAGCAGUAAGCCGUACAAUGGGUGUUCCGAGCUCACCAACCCGGAGGCGGUAAUGGGGAAAAUCGCGCUGAUCCAAAGGGGACAGUGCAUGUUUGCGGAGAAGGCACGCAACAUCCAGAACGCGGGCGCCAUCGGCGGCAUCGUGAUUGAUGACAACGAGGGGAGCAGCAGCGACACCGCACCCCUGUUCCAGAUGGCGGGCGACGGGAAGGACACGGACGACAUCACCAUCCCCAUGCUGUUCCUGUUCAGCAAGGAGGGCAGCAUCAUCCUGGACGCCCUGCGGGAGUACGAGGAGGUGGAGGUGCUGCUGUCGGACAAGGCCAGGGACCGAGACCCUGAGCUGGAGAGUGAAGAGCAGCCGGCCCCCGAGAACGAGGCCCAGAAUCAGAGUGCCGAGCCGCUGGCGGCGGUUCCCCAGACGGUCGGCUUGGGGGACGGGGACCCUGCCGGGGAAAGUCCCGCGCCCUCCCCGCCGGAACCGUCAUCCCCUGCGGACACGCACCACGCCACCAGGGUCGGGCCCUCCGAGCAGACGUCCCGACCCACGGAGACGCCGGAGACUGCGCCUCUCGACCAGGAGUGCCCAGACGCCACGGACGGUGAUCGCGGCCCACGGGAGGAACAGCCGGAGACGGAGGUCGACGGCAGCGGGAGCAGCGGCUGGGCCACGAAGGCCACGCCCAUAGACUCCAUAUUAGCGGACUGGAAUGAAGACAUAGAAGCUUUCGAGAUGAUGGAGAAGGACGAACUCUGACCGGCCGCGGCGUCUGGGGUAGGUGCUCAGCAGGAGGGAUGAACUGUGGUCCGCAGACACCCUGGUCUGCAGCGGGCUCUCCGCGGGGCGUCACGCCGGCCGGCAGGGACCCUCCUGGCUGGGAUGGUUCGUUGCCCUGGGCAUCUGGAGCAUCUGGGUUAGACGUGGCCUCGUCUGGCCUGUCCCAUCCGGCACUGCCCCUGCGGUGUUGCAGGCCAGGGAGGGAGCCAGCUGUCUGCAGUCUGUGGGAGGGGAUGUGGGCCUGGGGGCCCCGGGUGAGAGCCGGGGCGGCUGCCUGUGCUGCCCUCAGGAGCCCGGGGAGAGGCCUGGGCAGGUGCGAGGUGGCCGCGCUCACUCUGGGAACGCCGUCUGUGCAGCGCUCCCGCCGCCUGACACCACGUGGCUGGAGUCUCCUCCAGUGGGGCCCUUGACACGGAUACGAGGGGCGAGGCCAGUGGACCUUCUCAGUGUGUUUUCUGCAGGGAGAGCAGGCGGUGGGACCAGGGAAGGGGCGCCCCGCACGCUGCAGCACUGGGCUCCCUCCUGCCGUUGGAAGGGGAGCCAGGGAGGCACCGGACGUGGUGAUGCACAAGCCCCGGGGCCGCGGCAGCGGAACCGGCCUGGCUCCCGCACAGGGUCCCUCUCGCCGUCAGCCUUACUCCACCCCCGCUUCCUCCUGCAGAGCCGGGGAGAGCUGGUCGUGGUCUCGGGCCCGGGCCACUGCUGCUUCUGCCCUUGGAAGCUCUGGUCUCCGAAGUUCCACCUACGGGGUCUGUCCGUUUUCCCUGAAUCAUGGUUUUGCUGUAACAAGUGCUCCUUCUGGUACGGACUGGACGGUUGGCUUUGCACGGUGGCGACUACAUGCAGCCGUACGGCGCAGUGGAAGCUGUGCCAUUGUUUUCUGGUUUUAGAUUUUGGUGGCAGUUUGGUGCUGGCCACAUUUAAGUUUCUAAGAUUUUGUUGUUGAUAUCUGUAGGCAGCCCUGUAGAUGAAAUCAUGACUUACAAAUUUUAUUUAUUUUUAAGUGUCUAUGAAUCCGUUCUGAAGGCAGAUUUGAGAGGCCUGGUUCCCUUGCUCUUGACCGGGGCGUUGUGCGGGAGCCCUUUCCUGGAGUGUGGUGCUGAGGGACUGUGAGGUCACGCGGUGCGGAGCCGGGUGCGGGUGUGUCCCGUCCGCCUGGCAGCGUGUAAGGGGUAGCACCUGCUUCCAGAGUUCCCGCGUGUCAUCGGGCCGUGCGUUGCCGAUCUCGGAAUUACUGGGGGGGAGGGGAAAGCUCGCAUGGCCAGCGUUAAACCAGACAAGCCGGGUGCUCUUCUCUCUGCCUGUGGAAGUCGUGUCCGAGGGCAGGGCUGUCGGGUGGACGGUGUGCAGCAGGGUGGACGUGGCGCGCUGUCUCCUCAUCGCAAAGCUGCCCAGGGAGCUGGCGCGCGACGGCUCGACUCGGGGCGCCUAGGUUGGGGCCUGGCCGAGAGGCGGAGGCCACGGAAGCCGCGUACACGUUGAUUUCAUUUUACGUUUGUAGCCCCAAACCAUUGUCGGCUGCUUCUGAUUUUCCUGAGUUACCAAAAGCAGUUUUCCCCAGGAGACCCCGCUGGGAGCGCACGGGCGAGGCCGCGCGGCUGCUGCCCUGCCGUGCCGUCGUGGGCGUCGCCCGGCACUGCUCCCUCGUUUAGAAGGAAGCAGGGGUUCAGCCAGGUCCGUGUGCCCCCGCUGUCCCUCCCAGCCCGGCCUCCUGCCCUCACUGCCACGGAGCCACGUGGGAGCCGAUGGAGUCCCCGCAGCAUUAGGUGUGUUUAGUGUUCUGUGUUUUGAGUACCUUUUAUAGACAUUUUAUUUACUUGCUAAAGAUUCAGGGAGUUCUGUGAGGCCCUGAGUUUAAGAACAUCUGGUCUACCUCAGUUCAGCGUUGACUGCUUAGAAGUAGAGCUGAAGUGAUCACCAACAGCCAUAACACUGCUUGACUAGGAGAGAGCUGUCCGUGUUUACAGACCUGCGGCGAGGGAGGGUGCCGCCUGGGAGCCCCGAGCUGGGCACUGGAGCUAGAAUUGAAUUCAGGUGUUUCCGAGUUUGAACCUUGUCUACCUACUCAAAGUAGUAUGGCUGUAGUUGCUUUUUCGCACAUGAAAGUCCACCGGAGUGUCACCCUUUCGCAGUCCUUUUCCCAUAGUUUGAAACACGAAGGAAUCGCCACUGAUGGGCGUGUGCACAGCCGCUGCCGCCGGUGGCUUCACCAGGCUCUCGCAGUCUGCUGGUUCCAGAACCAAGGAUUUCUUGACGUUUUACUUUUCCCCUUUUCUUCACAGUCUUAGUGAAAUGAAAGGGUGUGCUCUCUCUGAUUUUGAUUUCUCCAACACAGCUACUGUCACGGAUUCAUGUAGAUUCAGGUCCCGUCCCGCGGCCUUUCUGUCUAAGCAGAGCCAGCAGUGUCCUCUCUCCUGAGCCCUGCCAGCGCAUCCUAGGAGAGCUCCCGAGCGGGGGUCAGAGUGCUUGUCCUUGGGGCUCAGCGAGCGGGAUGAGUGCUUGUCCCUGGGGCUCAGUGAGCGGGCUUCAGAGUGCUUGUCCCUGGGGCUCAGUGAGCGGGAUUGAGUGCUUGUCCCUGGGGCUCAGUGAGCAGGGUUCAGAGUACUUGUCCCUGGGGCUCAGUGAGCGGGAUUGAGUGCUUGUCCCUGGGGCUCAGUAAACGGAGUUCAGAGUGCUUGUCCCUGGGGCACAGUGAGCGGGAUUGAGUGCUUGUCCCUGGGGCUCAGUGAGCGGGAUUGAGUGCUUGUCCCUGGGGCUUAGUGAGCGGGAUUGAGUGCUUGUCCCUGGGGCUCAGUGAGCGGGGUUCAGAGUGCUUGUCCCUGGGGCUCAGUAAACGGAGUUCAGAGUGCUUGUCCCUGGGGCACAGUGAGCGGGAUUGAGUGCUUGUCCCUGGGGCUCAGUGAGCGGGAUUGAGUGCUUGUCCCUGGGGCUUAGUGAGCGGGAUUGAGUGCUUGUCCCUGGGGCUCAGUGAGCGGGGUUCAGAGUGCUUGUCCCUGGGGCUCAGUAAACGGAGUUCAGAGUGCUUGUCCCUGGGGCACAGUGAGCGGGAUUGAGUGCUUGUCCCUGGGGCUCAGUGAGCGGGAUUGAGUGCUUGUCCCUGGGGCACAGUGAGCGGGAUUGAGUGCUUGUCCCUGGGGCUCAGUGAGCGGGGUUCAGAGUGCUUGUCCCUGGGGCUCAGUAAACGGAGUUCAGAGUGCUUGUCCCUGGGGCACAGUGAGCGGGAUUGAGUGCUUGUCCCUGGGGCUCAGUGAGCAGGGUUCAGAGUGCUUGUCCCUGGGGCUCAGUGAGCGGGAUUGAGUGCUUGUCCCUGGGGCUCAGUAAACGGAGUUCAGAGUGCUUGUCCCUGGGGCACAGUGAGCGGGAUUGAGUGCUUGUCCCUGGGGCACAGUGAGCAGGGUUCAGAGUGCUUGUCCCUGGGGCUCAGUGAGCGGGGUUCAGAGUGCUUGUCCCUGGGGCUCAGUAAACGGAGUUCAGAGUGCUUGUCCCUGGGGCACAGUGAGCGGGAUUGAGUGCUUGUCCCUGGGGCUCAGUGAGCGGGGUUCAGAGUGCUUGUCCCUGGGGCUCAGUGAGCAGGGUUCAGAGUGCUUGUCCCUGGGGCUCAGUGAGCGGGAUUGAGUGCUUGUCCCUGGGGCUCAGUAAACGGAGUUCAGAGUGCUUGUCCCUGGGGCACAGUGAGCGGGGUUCAGAGUGCUUGUUCCUGGGGCUCAGUGAGCGGGAUUGAGUGCUUGUCCCUGGGGCUCAGUGAGCGGGAUGAGUGCUUGUCCCUGGGGCUUAGUGAGCGGGAUUGAGUGCUUGUCCCUGGGGCUCAGUGAGCGGGAUUGAGUGCUUGUCCCUGGGGCUCAGUGAGCGGGGUUCAGAGUGCUUGUCCCUGGGGCUCAGUGAGCAGGGUUCAGAGUGCUUGUCCCUGGGGCUCAGUGAGCGGGAUUGAGUGCUUGUCCCUGGGGCUCAGUAAACGGAGUUCAGAGUGCUUGUCCCUGGGGCACAGUGAGCGGGGUUCAGAGUGCUUGUCCCUGGGGCUCAGUGAGCGGGAUUGAGUGCUUGUCCCUGGGGCUCAGUGAGCGGGAUUGAGUGCUUGUCCCUGGGGCUCAGUGAGCAGGGUUCAGAGUGCUUGUCCCUGGGGCUCAGUGAGCGGGAUUAAGUGCUUGUCCCUGGGGCUCAGUGCGCAGGAUUAAGUGCUGCCCCUGGGGCUCAGUGAGCGGGGUUCAAAGUGCUUGUCCCUGGGGCUCAGUGAGCGGGGUUCAGAGUGCUUGUCCCUGGGGCUCAGUGAACAUCCCAGCAAGGCUGUAGUCAGAACAUAGAAACAUUCUGUGAAUGAGACGUUGUAUGUUCAGAUUUUAUAAAAGCCGUUUUUAAACAAGCCCAAUUUACAGCCGUAUAUUUUCUUAUGAUGUAAUUUAUGAAAAAGAUGUCUGUUCUAACAGGUGCUCUAACACCACUGUUGUUGGGUUUUAUUGUUUGGUGAUAAAUGUGUACAAUCUUUCUAUGGGAAACUGUGUACUGUGAUGUAAAGUCUGGGCAAAAUGUACAUAAUCCUUGUAUAUAAUUGUGUAUUUGAUUAUAAUUACUGAUUGUAAAGAUUUAAUAAAACAUGUAAAUACUUGG